CCUGGUUUUCGGCGGUCAGCGGCUCAGGCGGCUCCAAAGGCCCCGGCCCGCGGCUUCGCUUUCCUGCCGCGCUUCUGGGUCUCGGUUGACGCGGAAGCCGCCCUCGCUGCUGCUCUUCCUGCUCCAGCAUCCCGCGAGCAUGAAGUGCGGCGGCACCACCGAGGCCAAGCCGGCCACGGCAGAGACGCAGCAACUGGCCCAGGAGGUGAAGGCACAGGUAGAAGAAAAAGAAGGCAAGAGUUUUGAGGUCUUCAUUGCUGUUGAGUUCAAAACACAGAUGGUCGCUGGAACAAACUACUUCAUCAAGGUCCAUGUUGGCAAUGAGGAGUACCUCCACGUACGAAUAUUCAAAAGCCUCCCUCACGAAAAGAAGCCACUGACACUCACCAGUUACCAAAGCAAGAAAGCAAAGCAGGAUGAGCUGACUUACUUCUAGAGGGCAUUAUGGAAGUCUCUUUCCAGUACCUUUAAAAAAAGAAAGAAAAAAUGUUAACUUUGCAAAUACAAAAAAAUAAUUUCUUUUUCAGUAGUUCUAAUUAUUUUUACAAGUAUGUCAAUUUAAAUCAUUAUUGAGUUAGCCAUGUCUUGAUCAUACUAAAUCUGAGACAUACAGUAGUCAUUAUAUUCCCACAAAUUAAUCCACAUUUGUCUUUAAUAUACUUUUUCAUUAGAGCUUUUUUUGCAAUGUGUUGCUGCUUAUGUCCCCACUGUCAAAUCCUGCGGGUGCUGUGCUACUUUCUGUGCUUGAAAUAUUUUUUCCGUAUGUGUAAAGACUGUCUUCUUUACUGAUUGACUGUAAGCUGCUCUGGGAGCCUUUUUGGCGAGGUGCGGGAUAAAAAUACAAUAAAUAAAUAAAUAUGUGGAAGAGCCCA